AUGGCGGAAACGCGUGUUUGGGUGCGUCUGCGAUUUCUCCGGCAGAAAGACAUGCUCAAAUUCCUGCAAUGGUACGCCUCGACGGCGACGCUGACGCCGAUGGAUAUGGGUGUGGGGGCGCACCCGAGAGUGAAGGAGGCCGCCGUUGCCUUCGUGCGGCAGGUGGGUGAAUACCAAAGUGCCUGCGGGAUGAGCUUUUCGACAAAUAAGGGCAGUAUAAACUCGGAGUUAAGCAAGGAAAGGAAUGUUUUGAUGAAGCCGAGUCGACAAUGGGAGUCUUACCUGCGUCCCCGGAAGGAUCACAGGCGCAACCUGAGUUAUUCGCACUUUCCGCUCUACCUUUGGCAAAGCUUUCUGCCACUCGCAAAGAACGCCUUUUAUUGCUGCGAGCGCGGCCUCCUUCGCAUUGAACCUUAUUACAACAUCGACAAGGCCUCCAAGUGCGCUAUUUUGCAUCGAGGCAGGCCGAAAGAGAAGUGCCAUGACGUGCGAAAGGCACGGGAUGUCAACACGACGCGAACUCGCACGUGGACUGCUCAUUCGGGAAAACAGCCUAACGAGGGAAAUCUACGCACUGCACCUGAUAGGUGGCAGAGUGCCCAUUCGGUUCCCCCCUUCCGCUGUCAUCGAGAGUACAGCCCUAAGGAGGAUCCGCCCUACCCCGACAAUAUGCACUAUACCAACUCCAAUCCCCAAACUUCUGAGGAAGCGCGCCACAGCUUCGAAUCUCUUGACCUCGGGAGGCGCACUUCCAAUCGUUACAAGUUCGACACCGUCAGCAUCCACUCUCAUGAAAAGGGCAGUGACGAGGAUGGCAGUGAAUCGUGGCUUCGAGAUCACAACGAAUCCAACAGGUGGGAUAAGGUUUGCUCCUCAGACAUGUUUCUCUGCAUCUCCGAGUUCUAUCUUCUGUUUUAUGACUCCUUUGGUGGCUUGAAAUUUCAUCUGAAGCUUGACGACAUAUCCGCAAUCUUCACACCCUUAUUGCACCCCUGGUAUCCUAUCAAAUCGGUGGAGGGGGCAACCAUGCUCGCUAAAAACAAUCGGGAAUCAUCCUCAACGUGGAAGCCAUUUGGCUACCCUUUUAUUCGCUUCAAGAUGAACACAGGUGGGGAUGAGAUGAACGAGCCGACGCUCUCCGUCAACUUCACUUUUCUUCCAUUUGUGCCCCCUCCGUCAACGCCCAAUUGCAGGAAAGAGGCUUCUCGAGAUGAUGUGUGGAAAAGGCAAUUAGACUUCUUAGGAGUCCUGCGCAGCCUAAACAAGCGGACUCGAUAUGUGGACGUGGACUACGAGCACUAUGCCAAGGCGCGCCGCAAGGCUCGGUUGCGGAGGCGCCAACCACAGCCACCGGUGGAUCCAUCGAAAGAUUUGACGAGCGACGUACCGUGGGGGUGUCUGUGCGAUUCUCCAGAGCCCACCUAUAUCGUUUGGCUUCGAGAUGCCGACCUCAUCCACGAAGUGGCCGAGGCGCAUGAAGGGGCGCUCGAGUGGAGCUCUCAUUUGCGGACGAUGAGUGAUAGCACCGACACGUGUGAGGUGGCAGGGGGGGGGUUGAGUGAAAAAUCUCCAGUUACGGCCCUCCCACCCACCCUAAGCCUUCCGAUCUCGGUAAAGGAAGAACGCCGCAUCGCCUAUGAUAUCUACACGUCAGUCUGUCUAGCGGCUCCUCCGUUUCUGUCAAUAGAUGAGAAAGAAUCCGAGUCUCGGGACUCCCAGAGCGAUGAGAGCUGUGUUCCCAACAGCUCCGGGAGGCAUAGUUCCAUUUCUGGCUACAGCAAUGAGGUUGAGUACUUUCAUGGAGACACCACCCGCGUUAUCAGGACUUCUGAGAUACUUAAUCUCUACUUUGCAGAAGCCAUUCGGGACGACUUGACAAGAGAUGGGAGUCGUGUUAUCAGCAGCUCGGAUGUGCUUAAUCUUAGUUCUGUAGACGGUAGGCAUGACGAUUUAACGUGUAAUACUUCUGGUGUCGAUAAGAAUAGCAGCUCGCAGAGCGGAGGCAUCGAUUUGAGAAGCCUCGCAGAGCCCCUGUUUGAGGCUGAGCCAGACGAGUACGUCCCUAUCAAACCGCAGCGGCGAAACAGUCUACUGCUACGCAAAUUUCGCUGA